CGCGUCACCUGCGGGGCGGUGCGCAGGUAGAUGCAGAAGGUGACAUCUGAGAAGGUAAACGCGGAAGAGAAAAAGAGGGAACCUCCACGGGAGAGACUUCAGAAAUAGACACAACGGUCUCGGUUUUAUGCUGCUGGUCGAACAACAAUAAUUUCAUUAUGGGCCUGUGUGACGGCCUCUCCCACUGUAAACUGGCUCUGGCCUUUGCUGUGUUCAUGGAUUUACUGGGAGGAGCCUCUCUGCUGGUGGGAGUCUUUGCCCCCCUGGAGAUCAAAGGGCAGGACUUUGGAGACUUACUGGUCUAUACAGGAGCUCUGUUUGUGCUGAUGUCCCUGGCUGGCUGGGUGUUGUGGUACAGCGGAAACAUCGAGGGUCUGACGUCCAAAAAGGAGCUGGGACACAUCAGCAGCGCUGUCGACCGCAUUGCUCGCAGACUCAGCCGCAAGAUCCGCACGUACAGGAACCAGCUUUGAGCCAUGGACAGGAAGUCUGAAUAGAUUUCAGUGUAAAAGUCUGUUAAUGCCUGUGUUUGUGUCAGUAUUAAUGAGACACAGGCACUGAAUGAAACUCUUCUGGUUUUAGUGUUAGAAGCAUGUCAGAAACAUUUCAGUUACAGAUGUGCACCUGCUGUUCUGUUACAUAGUCGUGAACUUGAUGUUUUAUUUUGAUCAGUAUUUUUAUAUAGUUUUAGAUGUGACUGUCAUUCAGCAAAGCUGUGGUCUCUUCUUUCAAUAAACACGUUUUUUGUAAAUUAUA